UGGCCGAUGUUUACUUUGACAGAGGAACAGUUGAGGGAACCUAUGAUUGCCACGAUGAAUCCUUCUUUAGAACAGGAUCCCUGCUCCGUCCUCACAUUCGAAGGCCCUUAUGAGUCUCCGGGUGCCUCACCCUUAUUGAGACUUGUAACAAAGGUACAUUUUUACGAGCACAUGCACAAUGCACUUCAAGAUUAUAAAUAGUUGUAGUAGAUAAAGAUAAGCCAGAGCACCGACGUAACAUUGGCACUUGGGCGCGUUGGGCGGCUUGUAUUGGGCGGCGUUCACUCACCCGACUUGGGCGGGCAAGGAGUGAAAUUUAAAUUAUAAAGUUGUAUUCUGUGUUUGUUUAUUUGGCUGCUUAAAGUGCGUGUUUGAUAGUAUGGGCACUGAAGAUCCAAAUCAGUUGUACUCUACGGAGUUUGAAGUGUUUGGGCAGGUCCAGGGUUGUUACUUCACCAAAUACUGCAAAGAGAUAGCGGAGACCAUCGGCAUCGUAGGAUGGGUGAAGAACUCGAAACAUGGCACCAUCAUGGGCAAAAUACAAGGCAUUAAACCUCACAUGGAUCAAAUGAUCGAGUGGCUGAGCACCGUGGGCUCGCCCGGCUGCAAGAUACAGAAGUGCGACCUCACCAACAGCCAGCAGCUGGCGCGUCUCGACUACCACGACUUCACUAUACGGUUCUGAACAAUGGCAAUGAGCUUCAGCAAUAAAUAUUGCUAUCCUAGUUCACGCUUAUGCAUUUUUUUCUUUUUGUAUUUUUUUUUACUUUGCUACGUAAUAUCUAGCUUAUGAUAUGAGCACAUAUAAAAAUCGUAUAUGUAGGUACUUACAGUAAUUCUUUUUUACAUUUUUUAUUUAUAAGUAAUUUAUUGUAAUCAUUUAUUAUUUCUUUUUUUAUGAACG